AUGAAGCAGGAGCUACGUGUGAAUCCGCAAGUCACACUGCACAUGACUCGCUACCCGAGAACGUUCGAAGCCACAUUCGACGGGCGGCGGGACCUUGGCAUCCGGUCUGAGAGAAGUGGGCCUGGAGAGUUGAAGAUUGUUCAGGUCUUGGCGCAGGGUGCCAUCAGCAUUUCCAACCAUCAGUGGGUCGUGCAGCGCAAGUACCACAGAGUCAUCAAGCGCGGUAUGUUUAUUGUGAAAGUCAACGAAACGAGCGAGGCUCAUUUGAUGGAGUCUGAGCUGCGCAAAGCGCAGCAGCUGACGCUCCUGGUCCGGCGAGGACGAGACACGUCUGAGGCGCGCAACUUCGAUGAUUGCUUUGUGCAAACCCUGCAUUACAUCCGUGACUUGGGGGUGUGCUGGGGCUGGCGGUGGCGUCCAGACCAUCCAGGAUCAGCUGCCAAUUCCGACUGA